UUCCUUUUUUUUCUCUUCCUCCUGCUGUGCGGUGCAGUCCUGGUGUUCUUGUUCUUGCUGUUCAAGAUUGGAAUCUGCCAAUGUGUAACCAAAAGCCUGUGCAAGAUGUGCUGGUCCGGGUUCGCGACUUACUGCUAUGCCCUUCACGACACCUCCUGCUGCAUAUGGCACAAGAUGAUGCGCACGAACCGGAGGCAGAGGAGGACGAGGAGAGAGUUUCAGGACAUUGAGAGAGGUUGUGAUGGUGGCUAUGAUGUUGAUAAAACGACGUGGUCAUCAUUGUCAAGCUCUGCUGGCCGUGGCGGCCAUUUGGGUGGCGGUAGAAAGCGGAGGAGGGGUGGUGUUGCUUCCAGGAGGAGGAAGAGCUUCCCUAGCAGGAAUGGUCGUCGGAUUAGGGUACUGAGGACUGCUACUGCUAAGGAUGUAUCUGCUGCUGCUGCUGCAUCAUUGUCGUCGAGGAGGAGAUUGAGGGGUUCCGGGCGGCGGGUUCAAUUGAUCAAAGGGAGGAAGAAACCAGCAGGGAAGAAGGGUAUUGGGAGUUUCAAGAGGCAGCGGCUCAAGUAG